AUGUUGUGGUACUCCCCCCUUGUUUUGUCCGGCUGCAUUGCUGGAUCUGUGGCAUCGCACCUACUUCCCGGAUACCCUUGCAAGGACAAGUCCAACUUGACUAUCCAGGGGUAUACCUGCGAUUCUACAUCGUACCAAGGCAAUGCUGCGACGAUUUCGUAUGAUCUUGCCUUGAUCAACACACCCAAUGACGACCACACAGCAACCUUGCGGCAGUGGAACACCAAUACGAAAGUGUACAAUCUCAAGAUUCUCAACACAUUCGGUCACAUUAGUAAGAAUGGCCAGAAUCUGGCCAUAUCUGCUUAUAAGACUAAUCAAGCCUACUAUGGAUGCCAAUUUAUCGGUUACCAGGACACAAUUCUGGCGGAGACAGGAUACCAGCUCUAUGCAAAAAGUCUCAUUGUUGGUGCGAUUGAUUUCAUCUUUGGGCAGACAGCUCUGGCGUGGUUUGAAAAUGUGGAUAUCCGAACCAUCGGCACCGGCUGUGUGACUGCUUCUGGCCGUAACAGCGCUGACAAUCCAUCCUGUAUCCCAGCUGGGGGUAACUCUCUUGGUCGGCCUUGGGGAUCCUUUGCCCGUGUUGUUUUUCAAGAGACUUACUUGAGCGAUGUCAUUGUGGCUGCGGGAUGGAAAGAAUGGUCGACCAGUGCACCUAACCCCGAAAAUGUCACCUUUGCCGAAUACAAAAACUACGGCCCAGGUUCGAUCCUGGAAGAGGGACCAAGAGCGAGCUUCGGCGAACAGCUGGAGGCCCCCAUCGCAAUUCAGUCUAUCCUUGGUGAGAACUUUGAGGAUGAAUGGUGGAUUGACGCUAGUUAUCUCGAUCGUUCGGAUUUCAGGCCGUCGUGUUCCAGUCGGGAGAAUGGAAAGAAUAUGGGUCAAGAUGAUAGGAAAUGUGAGACUCAUACAAGCUCUACAUCGUCGAUCGCUUCAACUGUUUCAACAAGAUUGACAACCAUGUCCACUACGAGCACUUCGGUUAGUUCUACUACCACGACCACUGGAACGCCCUGUACCUGUACCGAGCAUGGCCAAAUCUCUGCGGCGGUGGCCUCAUGUACUAGUAUUGUCUUGUCCAAUAUUGCGGCGCCCAACGGAUCUGCCAUAGAUCUAUCCAAAUUGCAAACGGGAACUACAGUGACAUUCGAUGGUCUGACCACAUUCGGAUUUAUCAACUCAUCAUCCUUCAAUCCAAUCACCAUUGGAGGAGAAGGGGUCACCAUUACUGCCAAUGAGGGCGCCGUGAUUGAUGGGAAUGGCCAGGCUUAUUGGGACGGUCAAGGAUCCAAUGGCGGAGUACCCAAGCCGGAUCACUUUAUCAUGGUUAACAAAGUAACGGGCAACUCAAUCAUAGAGAAGCUAUACAUUCAGAAUUGGCCUGUUCAUCUGUUUGAGAUCACCGGUUGUUCCAAUGUCGUCUUCCAGGACUUGACCCUGAACAAUACCGCUGGAAACGCACCAAAUAGCCGAAGCAAGGGACUGGCUGCGGCUCACAACUCUGACGGAUUCGAUGUCAGUGGAAGUUAUAACAUUACCAUCCGAUGGAAUGUGGUCUACAAUCAGGACGAUUGCGUUGCCAUCACUAGCGGAAACAACAUGACGGUAUCAGACAUGCUGUGUAGUGGAGGCCACGGAUUGUCCAUCGGUUCCAUCGGUGGAAAGAGUAACAACAAUGUGACAAAUAUCCUGUUUACGGAUUCGCGGGUCAUUAAUUCCCAGAAUGGUGCUCGAAUUAAGACCAACUACAACACUACGGGAUUCAUCUCGAAUAUCACUUAUUCCAACAUUGCCUUGAGUAACAUCACGGUCUAUGGUAUUGAUCUCCAACAAGACUAUCUCAACGGAGGUCCUACCGGUAUCCCAAGCUCCGGUGUCAUCGUAGAGAACAUAUUGUGGGAAAAUGUUACUGGAUGGAUGGCGUCCACAGGACAAGAUUACUACAUCCUGUGCGGCAGUACAUCAUGUUCAAAUUUGCUCUUUGAGGACGUAUCCAUUACUGGAGGAGGCGUUGCUAAUAGUUGCAAUUACAAUAUGACCGUCUGCACGUCGUAGGUUAUGUAAAUUAGGAUAAGAGGAAGUGGUUUUCAAUUGGGAAACAGUGUCUGGCAUUAUAUGUACUCUGUAGGGAGCAACCCUUUCAUCCAUCUUCAUUCAAGUUAUUCC